ACGGUAAAGAAACUUGCGCAACAGGCAAAGGACCUUGAAAACUCAGGUAAGAAAAAGAGAGAUAGAGAAAAGGAUCAUGGUGCUGUGGGAGAUUUCACUGGCAACUGCUUAUUUUUUGGGCCUGAAGCGGACUUACAAGCUGGCUCUUAGGAUUCAGCGCAGGAUCAUAACCCCUAAGCACUCCAACUUUCGUCAAUUUGUUAACCGACGAACACGCGAUGUAUUUGAUGUAGCAAUAAAAGUUCAUCGGAACAUUCAAGAAAGUGACAUAAAAGUAGGUCGGAAUAUGGGGAAAUUCAUUUUGCGAUGGCCGUAUCAAAUGAAACCAUCUGUAUUACCCACCGAUCGUACUAGCUCAAGUAUAAGAAUGUCAAAGCUAAUUGCAGCUCGUACUUCCAACCAAAAAACUCUUGGUCACUAUCGAUUAUUCAAGAGGGACUCUGAUAGUAAUUUAUUUAACUCAUCAUCAAGAAUAUGGCUAAAGCCAUUCCCCACCAUUGCAAGGAUGACGCGACCACCAAGUCCUGCUGGGACUAUUACACAUAGCCGACACUUCAACAUCUAUGCUCCUUAUGUUUUUAGACCAAACUACAGAGAAAAUUGGUUAGGGGGUGUUAUUAGGAAUGACAUCAUGCAAUUCAUGCUGCAAAACUAA